AUGGACAAGAUUGCCAAAUUGACUCUGCUCAACAAAGUCGGAAAGAUUUGCAUGUUCCAAGCCAACAUCUGCAAGCUUAUGGCCAACAUCAACAAACACUGGGCCAAAGCCAAAUCCAUGGGAAUGGCAUCAAACUACAAAGUGCUCUGUACCACACUGUCUAAACACCAGGACAGCAUGACCACUCAAAUGGACCACAAGGCCAGCAACCUCAAAUCCACUCUGGCAAAUCUAACCAACAGACAGGUCAUAAAUGAGGAGGCUUACCAUCAAGAGAACCAUAUAUCCAGCUACUGUCCAAAGAAAACUCACAAGGAUGCACCUGCAAAGGCCCAUGUCUCCAACCAGACACCCACCUAG